GUUUUUUAAGUGAGUGUUGUAUGUAUAAAAACGUCGAAUGCACCUUAUUAAGCACACUAUAAAAUUUAGUUAAUCAAGAAAAAUGUUGAAAUUAGUGUUGGCUUUAUGUGUCAUUGUUGUGCUCUACGAGGCAGAGGCAUGCACCCUUGCACCAGGAGGAAUAAAAUGCCUUGAGUGCACAAGACCUAAUGAGUUCUACAGUUGCGGAAGUGCUUGCCAAACAACCUGCCGCAAUCUGGGCAAACCAUGUCCCAUCAUAAACAUCAGAUGCAACGAUGCUUGUUACUGCAUAAACGGAUAUGCUAGAAACGAUAGAGGAGUCUGUAUUCCUAUCAAAAACUGCCCCCGAUUGCCUCCAUACUAAUAAUUACUUAUACGGUUAUAUAGAUUUUGAGUGUUUUAAGUAUUGAUUCAAAAACAGGAAUCUUGUAAAUAAAGAUGCUAUUCUUUGUUACUAAAUAUAAGCAGUAUGCUCAAAGUUUUUGUAUCAAAACAUGUUUAAAAUAAACAAUUUACGCAAAAUAAAA